GCGGCGCCGUGUCCCGCGCGCUGCGACGUGUCCCGCUGCCCCAGCCCGCGCUGCCCGGGCGGCUACGUGCCGGACCUCUGCAACUGCUGCCUGGUGUGCGCCGCCAGCGAGGGCGAGCCCUGUGGCCGCCCCCUGGACGCCCCGUGCGGGGACAGCCUGGAGUGCGUGCGCGGCGUGUGCCGCUGCCGCUGGACGCACGCCGUGUGUGGCACCGACGGGCACACCUACGCCGACGUGUGCGCGCUGCAGGCCGCCAGCCGCCGCGCGCUGCAGCUCUCCGGGACGCCGGUGCGCCAGCUGCAGAAGGGCGCCUGCCCCUCGGGUCUCCACCAGCUGACCAGCCCACGAUACAAGUUCAACUUCAUCGCUGACGUGGUGGAGAAGAUCGCACCGGCUGUGGUCCACAUAGAACUCUUCUUGAGACACCCUCUGUUCGGCCGCAAUGUGCCACUUUCCAGCGGCUCGGGCUUCAUCAUGUCGGAGGCCGGCUUGAUCGUCACCAAUGCCCACGUGGUCUCCAGCUCCAACACUGCCUCAGGACGGCAGCAGCUGAAAGUGCAGCUGCAAAACGGGGACGCCUACGAGGCCACCAUCCAGGACAUUGACAAGAAGUCUGACAUCGCCACUAUCGUGAUCCACCCCAAGAAAAAGCUUCCUGUGUUGCUGUUGGGUCACUCAGCAGACCUGCGGCCUGGUGAGUUUGUGGUAGCCAUCGGCAGCCCCUUUGCUCUGCAGAACACGGUGACAACAGGCAUCGUCAGCACAGCACAGCGGGAUGGCAAGGAGCUGGGCCUCCGGGACUCAGACAUGGACUACAUCCAGACCGAUGCCAUCAUCAACUACGGGAACUCUGGGGGACCCCUGGUGAACCUGGAUGGUGAGGUCAUUGGCAUCAACACACUCAAGGUCGCAGCAGGCAUCUCCUUUGCUAUCCCCUCGGACCGCAUCACCCGCUUCCUCUCUGAGUUCCAAAACAAGAACGUCAAAGACUGGAAGAAGCGCUUCAUCGGCAUCCGGAUGCGGACCAUCACACCAAGCUUGGUGGAUGAACUGAAGGCCGCCAACCCAGACUUUCCAGCGGUCAGCAGUGGGAUUUAUGUGCAAGAGGUCGUUGCAAAUUCACCUUCUCAGAGAGGAGGCAUCCAAGAUGGUGACAUCAUUGUGAAGGUCAACGGGCGCCCCCUGGUAGACUCCAGUGAGCUGCAGGAGGCCGUCCUGACGGAGUCCCCGCUCCUGCUGGAAGUGAGGCGUGGGAAUGAUGACCUCCUCUUCAAUAUCGCACCUGAGGUGGUGAUGUGAGGCCACCUCCCUCCAGUGCCAUCGCCAGCAUCUGCAGAAGGCGGGGUCUCAGCCGCCAGAUCAGGACGAGGGACCACUGUGGUCCUCAGCUGGGCCAGCAGCCUCCUCCCAGCAUUCAGGGCAGAGCCUAAGGCUGGGCCUAGCCUGGGGGUCUGGAUCGAAGCCUUGACCCUGAAUCCCAGUGCCAACAGGGGAAGCCCAAUGUUCCCUGGACCAGGGGCUCCUGAAGUCACCCUCUGAGGUUUCUGGAGCUAGAAACUCCUAGAAUUAUCCCUGGAAGCUCACCCCUUAUCUGCUUCCUGCCUCUGCACCUGUCCAUCCCUCAGAAAGGCCCAUGUUGCUCUAGCCCUACCCCUUCACGUCCCUCACAAAUGUCUUCCUGACGUCCUCAGGCUUCUGUCUGUAACAGCACCCACCUCAUGAUAAGACAGGGGCUGCUUGCCCUGCCACCUGGGAUCCCUGGAGGGCAGGCCAUGCAGCUGGCCCCCAGAGGAACCAUGGUCCUGAUCCGUACCAGGUGAACGUUACCCACUGCUGAGCUGAGCCCUUUGCUGGCCCAGGUGGGCUGGAAGCAGCAAGCAGCAGAGCAUCACUGGCAAGUACUUGCUGCCCUGAGAGUACAUCCUCCCAAAGUGACCAUGUGGUGGCCAGAUAGGGCGCUAGCACCUGCUGGAGGUGCAAGGACUGAGCCUCUUCACCUCCCCAUGCAGCUCUGGGUGCAGCCGCCAGCUCUGAGGACUCCUGCCCAGCAGCCAGCAGGCUCCCAGGGCCAUCCCCAGUGUCCCUCAUCUUUCAAGGUGUUGUGAGCUUCGCCACCCCACCCCAUGUUGCUUGUACUGUAUGUUUACUGUUUGGAAUUAAAGUUUACAAGCACAGGG